AUGGUGUCCUACUAUGCCCCCAAGGGGAAGAGCGGCGCUGCCCCGUUCCCCGCCUACUGCCUGGAGGAGGAGACGUUGCCCGCACCGGAAGAGCCGGCCCGAAGCGCAAAUCCGAGUGGGCAGCUUGGGCCGGACAGGCCUUGUGCCCCCAGUUCCUCCGUCUCCUACUACGGCUCGCUGGCCGGGCGGGGCCUAAAGAAGGCCUCCAUUGUGCUCUCCGCCGCCGAUGCGGCCGUGCGCGAGGGCAAGUCUGGAUUGGAGAACCUCCAGCGUCGGCAGGUGCUAGGCUCGAUCGACAUCGCGAGAAGCAUCGAGGAGCUACAGGCGGUGAUUGCGUCGAGGCUUCCCGAGAUGGAUCCCUUUGCCUGCACCAUGGCGCUGCACCGCCUGGCGCGCUACAGCCACGACGUGGACAAGCACGCGGCCAACGCUCGGGCGGCGCGGCCCGUGGCCUUAAACCCGACGCGCGGCUCCCUGUCUCAGAGGGAGCAGCGGCUGUGGCGCGCCAGCUUCUCGGCGUCCGUGAAGCAGCACCCAUCCUUCGCCGUCCUUCUGGAGCGGAUUGGGAGCGCAGAGGCCCUGAAGCACGCGCAGCCGCGCCAGUUGGCCAACAUGUCCUGGGCCCUGGCGCGCCUCCGCGCGCUGGAGGGCCUCCCCCUCCUGCGCGCCGCCGCGCGACGCUGUGCUGCCAGGGAGGGUCCUGGAGAGUGGGAUCCUAUGAGCAUCUCGCUGAUUCCCUGGAGCUUGGCAACCAUGAACGUUGCGGAGCCUUGGCCGCUUCAGUGCAUGCAGCGUAGCUUUGUAGACGUCGUUGAGCAAGAUCCGCACCAAGAGCUUCACAGCUCAGCUGAGAUGGUGGACAUGGUCAGGUCCAUCAACGCAGCCAUCCGUGAACAGGGGAGCGCGUCAUGGCCACCAGGUGACCUGUCACGAGUGCUCUGGUCCUGGGCCAAGUUGGCGCAGAGGGACGACACGUUCUUCCGUAGGGCGAGCUGCUUGAUCACGUCCUUCAUGCCGGAGUACACGCCAAGCCAGCUGGCGCAGACCGUGUGGGCAUUUGCCACCGUGGCGCCCCAGGACGCCUGUGGACACUUCUUCCCGAAGGCUGCCGACGCGAUGCUCUACGCAGGGGCGCCCGGCGCUGCCUCGCACGCUUCGGGGCUGACGGCCUACACGCCUCAACACCUGGCCAUGGCCGUUUGGUCCUUCGCCAAAGUGCUGUACCGCCCGGAGGACCUUCUGGAGCAGAUCGGCAAGGUGGCGCCCGACAAGCUGGAGAAGCUGAACCCACAGGACAUCUCCAACACGUCCUGGGCCUUCACCACCUUACUGGCCAAGGAUCGGUCGAUCUACGAGGUCUUGGCCGCCACUUCUGUGCGCACCAUCCGGGAGUUCAACAACCAGGAUCUCUCCAACACCGUUUGGGCCUUCGCAUCUGCGGGAGAGUACGACGGCGCCUUCAUGGAUGCGGUUGCGGCAGAGACCUGCCAGCGCGGAAGUGAUUUCCAUGGGCAGCAUCUUGCCAUGGUUGCGUGGGCCUUCAUCACCCUGCGCCACCGCCAUGAUCCUCUCUUGCGCGUGAUCGGCCAGAUCACGAACGGACAUCAUGGCUUGGGCACCUGGAGCAACGCCAAGCUCCUGGCUUUCGCCUUCGCGGGGCUUCCGCGACUGGGCUCCGGCGCACUCCUGGGCUCGGAGGCUUGGACUGCCGGCGCGGUGCGACGGCUGCUCGACCAGUUCUACGAACGCCUCGAGGCGGGCGCGGGAGAUGUGGACGCCGACGACGCGUGCGUCGUCCACGAUGCUGUGUUCCCUUGGCUGCGCCUGCCCGGCAGACGCUAG